AGAACGUGGUGUUUAUGGCUGUUUAAGACUGAAGACAGAAAAGAAAAGCAAAAGAUCCGUAGCGUCUUCCCCUCAGCAUGUCUCACCGGAGCUUUGCUUUCACUCCAACAGCUCUGCGCUCUUUGGAGCAGGAAAGGGACUUUCUGGAGAGACAGAGGCAUCAGAGGAAGCUCAUUGAACCAACUGUCAAUGGUUACCUGCUGAGGAAGGAAGCUCGGGAAAGAGCCACACUUUCCAGGAAGAACCAGGAGGUACCAUCUGUGCCAUUGUUGUGCCGUGAUUUGGUGGUGCAGAACGCACUCUAUACAGGAGACGUUGAGGCUGUGAAGACACUAUUUCCCAAAGGGUCACCGGAUAAACUGGUCAUCAAACCUGAGGGAGGGGCUAUGCGCUGGGUCGCCGAUGGGAAAGUGAGAGGACUCUGGUCUCUGACCUACGAGCAGGAGCUGACCACACCUCUGCACAUCACAGCAGGCAGAGGCUUCACUGAUUGCCUGAAGCAUCUGCUACUGAGAGGGGCCAGUGUAGAUUUUGCCCCUGGAGGCACCACUGCCUUGCACGAGGCAUGCCUGGAGUGUCAGCCAGAAUGCGUUAAGCUGCUACUACAGUACGGUGCCAACGCCAACGCUGUCAACGAGGAUGGACUGAUGCCCCUGCAUGUCUGCACUGAGCCAGAGUCACUGGAGUGUGCCAAGCAUGUCAUCCAGUUUGGUGCAGCCAUAAACAGCCGCAGCUUGGAUGAAAAUGACACAGCGUUGCAUGUAGCGGCACGUCACGGUCUUCUGGCCCACGUGGAUCUGUACCUGCGUCAUGGUGCAGCAGUGGAGUGGCAGAAUGAUGAAGGACAAACGCCACUGAACGCUGCAUGCUCACAGCCGCAUGAGCAUGCUGCUCUGGAGCGCUAUGCCCAAGUGUGCCAGCGGCUGGUGGAGGCUGGGGCAGAUGUGUGCACAGGUGACGCUGACAAGCACACACCUCUGCACAUGGCGUGCAAAAAUGCCAACCCUGGGAUAGUGGAGCUACUGCUGCGGAAUGGUGCCCUUGUCAAUGUCAUGGAUUACGGAGGCGAGGCACCCAUGCAUAAUAUCCUCAAAAUGGUGGCCUAUAAGUUGGAGCAUGAGCCUGAGCGGAUUGUGCAGGAGUUGCUGAACUAUGGAUCAAUCAGGGUGUGGCCAGGAGCUCUGGUAAAGGUUCUGAGGUACUGCUGUAUGUCACCACGUACAAUAGAAGUGCUGCUGAACGCAUAUAGCCAUCUCAAAGUCAAUGAUCAAUGGGUGGAGGCCGUUCCUCCAGAGGUGAUCCAGGAACAUCACGACUUUUACGAGUCCGUGUUCGCCCUCGCCAAUACUCCUCGCUCUCUACAGCAUUUGGCUCGCCACAGGUUACGCACCUAUCUCGAAGGCCGUGUGCACAAAGUGGUGCCUAAAUUAUGCCUGCCCACGUUUCUGAAGGACUACCUGAUGUUGAAGUUUCGAGGCUUUGUCCACUAAGUUCUCACCGAACCAGAAGUCUACCAUCACCUUGACAGUCGACAUGGUACAAGUGGAAAGGUGUUGGACUAAUGCUGCGUAAAACUAUUAAAGGUGGAGUACGAGAUUUUGGAAUGACGGUUCCCGCAAGCCAUAUUUUGAAAAGAAACCCUCGCCAUGCUCCCACCCCCAGCGUCUCCACCCCUCCUCCCCCUCCCCCCGCGUCUCCACCCCCCUCCCUACCCACGCCUCCAAAGCAUGUUGCCAAAACCAUGUUUAUGUGAACAUAAUGGUACUUACAGGUCAGAGCCUGAGAGUGAAUCCGAACGAAUAGUGGAUACGGGAGGAGGAGGUGGUUUCAAAAACCCAUGCUUCAUUGGUGUCGAACUGGCUUGUGCCAUGCCUUCAUAACUAAGAAAACAAUAAAUAAGAGUUAUCGUUUGUGCCACAUACAGCUAAGCUAACAAAUCGUUUCUAUGCAUGAAAUAAAUACCGUGGAAAAACUACCAUCAAGGACGUAAUACGACUAUACGCAUUAGUAUAACAAUCCGUGUCAGCUAACUUUGCAAAUCAUGCUAACUUAGCAAAACCUACAUUGUGUAUCCGUUGCUUCGAAAUGGCUGGAGUGGUCCCUGUGCAUACUGUACGCGCAAAGGUAGGGGCGGUGAGGGUUGGGGGAGGUUUGGGGUCGCGGGCUUCAGUCUG